UGUAGCAUUCCAUAGUUUUUGUACAAAAUUCACUAGGCUGUGGUGUGAGUGAGAAUAGACUGGAUUUUAGGUUUUUAAGAUGAAUUUACCAGGAUUGAAGACCCUUGUGUCACAGAGAGUGAUUCAGGCGUAUUGCACCUGUGUGCGUAUGACCUUCCCUGUUACAAGGUCAUUGAGUAGUCACCCAUCAGCAACAGAUAAAAGCUCAGUGGAUGGAGAGAAAGAACCUCAUUUAUUACAUGCAGUAUGGAGGAUCAGAUCACUUAAACGAAGGCCUUACUGGGAAAGAGACAUAAUGAAACAAUUGAAAUUAGCUGAUACUCGUAAACCUGUUAUCCACAAGAACACACCCUUGGUUAAUUCUCUUCUGACCCGGGUCCGCCAUCUUAUUCGCAUCAAGCCGGUUAAUCCUGUCUAUGGAAUGCCAGAUGGGGAUUAUGAAGAUACCUUGCUCAAGUGGAAUGGAGAUUUUAUUGUGAAAAGAAAGAUUGAACCACACGGAGAGGAAAAGACUGCUGCUAUAUCAGAUGGAGCUCAUGAAACAAAGAGCUAGAAUUAUAGUACCGCAAUGGACAUAUAUUGAUGCGGAGUUUGGACUUCUAUGAGAUGUCACAAAUAGCUAUUUUAAAUGUGGAAGGUAGAGAUUGAUGAGCAGCAUUUUUCUUACAGGUUACUAUAUUCCUAUUUUGUAUUUAUGCUUUAUAUUGCUAUGUCAAUGUUUGCAGUAAAGAAGUUGAAUGUCUACAUCAUUUCAGGAGAUCAUAUUCAUACAGGGCUUGAAUGAAUCAAAGGCCAUUUCUUUCAGGCCAUGGCUAUGGAUGUCCUGUUGAUUUUCUUUGAUGCCUCUGCCAUUGGCCUUGCACAGUGUUUGUCCUCUUCAGGGGACGCGGAAGCAAGCCCCCCCCCCCCACUCUUAUCCAAAACCAUGUACAAAAAUGUAAAAUUGACCAUAGGAUUGUGAUUUUUUGCAUGAUCAGCCCCCCCCCACUUUUGGCUCAGCCCAUGCUCUUGUUUUAUUUCAUUUUUUCCAAUUUACCCCUUUAAUGCUCGUAAGUGAUGGACUGACUAUAUCAUUGCUUGGGUGAUAAUAUCUCUUUAUCUUCCAAUUUUGAAGAAAGAAAUAAAAAUAUUUGAUCAGCUUGCAAGUGAUGUCCCAUUGAAAUUUGUGUAUCUUAUAAAGUUUAGCCACUGCUAUGUCUGAGGCAAGACUACCCCUUGUGUUUCUACACUCUUCUAAAUAUUUCACAAUUUUGAAGUUACAGCAGCAUGCCAAACAUUUAAAGGAAUGUUCCAUUGUCAUAAAAUCUGAAAAUUGACAUUUAUAUUUUUCAUCAGAUUUUGAAGAAAUCUUCAUUGUCAGUCACUUUAAAUUAAUUUGAUGUUUGAAAUGAACUAUAUCCUGUCAUGAAAAUGAAACAUUGGUAAAGAAAGAGGGAAGAGAUAUUUGUAAACCAUCACAUUUUAAAAGCCACAAUAUAGGAGAUAUAGAGAUCGAGUUGAGUUUAUUUGUUCAAAAUAAAGCUUCAAAGAAUGGAAAGGAUAGAGAUAUUAGAAUGUACUGGAUCGAGCUUGAAAGAAUUACAUGGCAAAGAGCUAUAUUAUAAUGGCUGUAAAAAUGAAAAGAACACAUAGCUUGAAUAUGCUCUACUUCAUUGGAAAACACCCCCCCCAAAAAAAAAAAGAAGAUAAUAAUAAUGAUAAAUGAAUAAAAAUAAGAGCUGUGCUUUUAUCAUGUACAUUAAUCAUUAUUCUGAAAAAAUAUAUCCCAUGAUUGGAGAUGAUGAAAGAUACUACCUGUGAAAAACAAGUUUAUCGAGUCAAGGGGGGCAGGGGGCUGAGAAAUGUAGAUAGGGAGAGAGAGAGAAGGGAAGAGAGGAAGAAAGGGGUAAGGGGAAGGGAGUGAUGAAAUGGUGAAAUGAAGAUAGGCAAUGAUUGAGUGAGAAGGGAGUAAGGAGAGAAGGGAAAGAAGACAA